AAUAAUAUGAUUAAAGCAAUAGCUUAGAAUUAUUUUAAGUAAUUAUCAGAAAGCAUUUGUUAUGGAUUUGCAACAAAGAUGCAAGCAAGUUCAACUUAGAAGACUAAAGAUUCAGCAGGAAGAAGAUUAGGAGUUAAGAAAUUUGGAGGAGAAGAAGUGUUUCCAAAUGAUAUUUUAAUAAGAUAAAGAGGUUUUAGAUGGAAACCAGGAUAGAAUACAUCAGUAGGAAAAGAUCAUACUAUUCAUUCAAGAGUUGAAGUAUAAAUUAAUUUAAUAACUAAUUAAAUAGGGUAUUGUACACUUCAGAAGAGAUCCUUAUAAAUUUAAGAAAACAUUUUAUGUUGAUGUAAUUCCUAGAGAAAAUCCUAAUAGAACUCAUUAUCCACCACCUCCAUACAGUUAUCAUCCUGAAUUAUUCCCUGAAUUAGCUAAAAGUAAUCCUGAACCACUUAUUUUAUUGAAGAAAAGUGAAGAGCAAGUGGAAGUUUAAAAAUAAUAUUAAGGAUUUAAAAUAUCUACAAAAUAAUACAAAGCAAUUGAAAUACCAGAUAAUUAUAAACCAGAAUUUAUAGUUUCCACUUUGUAAUAAUAAUAGUUGAGUAUUAAUAAAUAGUGA